AUGGCACGUGACCUAGUUUCGCUCACGCACUCAGGACGUGGUACCGCCAACGUAAGCUGCUCUUCCCACAUUGUCCCCCACCUUCGCUCCCCCAACCUCCGCUCCCCCACCCUCGGCACCCCCACCCUCCGCUCCCCCACCCUUGGCACCCCCACCCUCGGCUCCCCCACCAUCGGCUCUCCCCACUUCGGCUCCCCUCACGCCGCUCAGCGUCCCCCCUGCCUUCUCCCUCCCUGCUGGGCAGAAUAUUUUUACAACAACUCGGGCAGCUGCGCGCAGCAGACGUCGUUCUUUGCCGGGCAGCCCGUGCUGUCGGUGGGGGUGGGGUACGCCGUGGUGCUGGGUUUUGGCGCGUUCUUCGCCGUCUUCACCUCCUGGCUCGUGUGGCUGGACAAGCGGUAUGUGGGCACGCGGCAGAGCAGCGAGUGGUUCAACACAGCGGGCAGGAACGUGAAGACGGGGCUUAUAGCGAGUGUGAUUGUAUCGCAGUGGACCUGGGCUGCCACCAUCCUGCAAUCCUCCAAUGUCGCCUUCCAGAACGGAGUGAGUGGGCCGUUCUGGUAUGCCAGUGGCGCCACGGUGCAGGUGCUGCUGUUUGGCAUCAUAGCUGUAGAGAUCAAACGCAAAGCCCCCAACGCCCACACCGUUUGUGAAAUCGUCCGCGCCAGGUGGGGCACAGCAGCGCACGUCUGCUUCCUCUUCUUCUGCUUCCUCACCAACACCAUUGUCACUGCCAUGCUCGUGCUGGGAGGAGCAGCAGUCGUCACUGCCUUAACAGGACUCAACGUGUAUCUUGCGUCGUUUCUCGCACCCAUUGGAGUCAUCUUCUACACCCUCGCAGGAGGUCUCAAGGCCACCUUCCUAGCAUCAUACAUACACAGCGCCAUCGUGCAUGGCAUACUCGUCACCUUUGUGCUACUAGUCUACUGCUUCAGCGGCUACCUCGGCUCGCUCGCUGCUGUUUUCAACAACCUUGAGUUUGCUGCCAGCCCAACCAGAGACUGCCGGCUCACCAACCCGGGACAGGUGUGUGGGCCGGUGGAUGGUAAUUAUGAAGGGUCAUACCUGACCAUGCUAUCGCCCGGGGGGUUCAUGUUUGGCAUUGUCAACAUCGUCGGCAACUUUGGUGCCGUCUUCCUCGAUAAUGGUUAUUGGAUGAGUGCAAUAGCAUCGCGCCCCUCGUCCACGCACAGAGGCUACAUUCUGGGAGGUCUCGUCUGGUUCGCCGUACCGUUCUCCCUCGGGACCUCCCUCGGCCUUUCCAGCCUCGCCUUGGGAUUGCCAGUCACUCUAGAGGAAGCUUCCCGUGGCCUCGUUCCCCCCGCUGCAGCCGUGGCUUUGAUGGGGGAUGCAGGGGCAGUGCUUAUCCUCGUUAUGGUGUUCAUGGCUGUCACUUCUGCUGGGUCUGCGGAGCUUUUAGCGGUUUCUUCGCUUAUGACUUAUGAUAUUUAUCGCACGUAUAUCAACCCGAAGGCAACUGGGCGGCAGAUUUUGUUUUACUCUCGGGUUUUCGUGCUGAGUUACGGGCUGUUUAUGGGUGUACUGGCGGUGGGGCUUAGCGAGUUGCGGGUUUCCCUAGGCUGGAUGUACCUUGUAAUGGGCGUGCUUAUAGGGAGCGCGGUUAUACCUGUAACGAACCUGCUCCUAUGGAAAAAGGCAAACGCAGUGGGGGCGAUAGCUGGGUGCAUUAUCGGGAUGAUCUCGGGUGUAGUGUCGUGGAUUACUGUAGCAGUGGUCAUGUACGGUACUGUGGAUCUCAACAGUACGGGGGAAGAGGCACCGACGCUGACCGGCAACUUGGUGUCGCUCUUUGUUGGUGGCAUCGUGCACGUGGCUCUCAGCCUCAAGUAUCCAGACAACUACGACUAUGCCAGCACGAGAGCCAUAACGUUGGUGGAUCGGGACUGGCACUCCGACAUCCCCCCCUGGGAGCACGACGAGACGCGCCUCAAGCAGGCCCGCCACUGGAUCAUCCUCUGGGGGGUCUGCCUCUCCGUGGUUCUCCUAGCCCUCUGGCCGCUCCUUGCCCUCCCCGCGGGGGUAUUUUCCCUCGGGUAUUUCACUUUCUGGGUCGUGAUUGCGAUCACGUGGGGCGUGAUUGCGUCCGCGGUGAUUAUUUUCCUGCCCGUUUACGAGAACUGGCGCGGGUUAGUUCUGGUUAUAGACGGGUUAUUUACGAGCGAUAUUCUGCAGGAGAAGGUCGAUGAUAUAGGUCUGCGAUUGGCUGCUAUCAUGGCUACCAUACCUGAGGCGGAGGCCCGCCGCUUCGCUUUCCCAAUCCCCCUUCCCAUCUCCUUCCUCACCAUCCCCCUCUCUUCCCUCUCCUCCAUUCACCUUCCCCUGGCCUUCCUCCUGGCCUUCCCCCUGACCUCCCCCUUGCCCUCCACCCUGCCCUUCCCACUCCCUUUCCUCCCGCCUCCGCCUCAGCCUGAAUUGCUUCCCUCCCAGAAACCCCUUCUCUAUAAAGUGCUUCACUAUGCGUCCUCCCUCCCUUCUCACACGCCCUUCCAGCCCCUCAUACAGCUCACCAUCCAUAUCCACAUAGUAUCUCACAUCCAGACAAAGCUCGCAUGCCACUGCAGCUUCGGCUAA